UAGGGUUUUAGGACCAUUGUCUUCUUCAUUCAAGAACCUAAAUUCUCUCUAUCAUCACUCACUCAACGCAACCAUGACUGCUCAAUCCCCAGAAGAGAUCCUAGCCGCUCAUCUCGAACAACAAAAGAUUGAAUCAGAGGAGCCAAUUAUUGAGGAUGAGGCCGAUGAUGAUGAUGAUGAAGAUGAUGACGAUGACAAAGAUGAAGAUGAUGCUGAAGAAGAUGGAGAUGCUAGUGGUAGGUCAAAGCAGAGCAGGAGCGAGAAGAAGAGUCGAAAAGCUAUGAUAAAGCUCGGAAUGAAGCCAAUCCCGGGGGUUAGCCGUGUCACUGUCAAGAAGAGCAAGAAUAUUCUAUUUGUCAUCUCAAAACCGGAUGUUUUCAAAAGCCCCGCGUCAGACACUUACGUUAUAUUUGGUGAGGCAAAGAUUGAGGAUUUGAGCUCACAAUUGCAGAGUCAAGCUGCUGAGCAGUUCAAGGCUCCUAAUUUGAGCAACGUUAUAUCAAAGCCAGAGCCAUCAACAGUAGCUCAGGACGAUGAAGAUGUAGAUGAAACUGGCGUAGAACCCAAGGAUAUCGAGCUGGUUAUGACUCAAGCAGGUGUUUCCAGAGCAAAAGCUGUCAAAGCUCUCAAGGGUGCAGAUGGUGAUAUUGUCUCUGCCAUUAUGGAGCUUACAAACUAGGAAGUCUCUAGUAUGUAAUUUUUCCAAUCUUUUAAGCUGCUUAUGGAUAUUAUAAGGCUUCAGUUGCUGCCCUUCCUAUUCAACUUUACUGUUCUGCUUAUUGACAUACUGAGUUAUGCAAAUGAAAAGAUUCUGGUGAAGCCUUAGCACAGUUCAA